CUCUCCUACGCGGGUCUGGGCGGCGGCGGCGGCAACUGGGGACGGGGCGGGUGGCGCAUCACGGGUGCGGAGGCAGGAGGGGCAGCCUCAUUGUUCCGGGAGCCGUCGCCUCUGCCGGUCCCUCAGCUCGUUCGGCUCUGCCCCUUUCGGAGCUCCCCAGCCCCCACCACAGCCCGCGCCGCGGAGGAGAAGCGUCCGGCGGCGGCCGCAGCUGCAGCAUCCUCUCCGACGCGCCAGCCAUGGAAGACGCGGACCAGUCGUCUCGGGUCUCCUCGUCCUCAGACCACCCGCCCCGGCCUCAGCCCACGUUCAAGUACCAGUUCGUGAGGGAGCCCGAGGACGAGGAGGAAGAGGACGAGGAGGAGGAGGACGAGGAGGACGAGGACGAGGACUUGGAGGAGCUGGAGGUGCUGGAGAGGAAGCCCGCCGCCGGGCUGUCGGCGGCCCCAGUGCCCACCGCCUCCGCCCCCACCGCGCCCCUGCUGGACUUCGACAAUGACUUCGUGCCCCCCGCGCCCCGGGGGCCCUUGCCGGCCGCGCCCCCUGUCGCCCCGGAGAGGCAUCAGCCCUGGGACCCGAGUCCCGCGUCCACCGCGCCAUCCCUGCCGUCCGCUGCCGCAGCCUCGCCCUCCAAGCUCCCCGAGGACGACGAGCCUCCGGCCCGGCCGCCCCCACCUCCCCCGGCCAGCGUGAGCCCCCAAGCCGAGCCCGCGUGGACGCCGACCGCCCCGGCCCCCGCUGCGCCCCCCUCCACGCCGGCCGCGCCCAAGCGCAGGAGCUCCUCUGGCUCCGUGGAUGAGACACUUUUUGCUCUUCCUGCUGCAUCUGAGCCUGUGAUACACUCCUCUGCAGAAAAAAUUAUGGACUUGAAGGAGCAGCCAGGUAACACUGUUUCCGCUGGUCAAGAGGAUUUCCCAUCUGUCCUGCUUGAAACUGCUGCUUCUCUUCCUUCUCUGUCUUCCCUCUCAGCUACUUCUUUUAAAGAACAUGAAUACCUUGGUAAUUUACCAGCAGUAUUGCCUACCAAAGGAACAAUUCAAGAAACGUCAAAGGAAGCUUCCAAAGAGUUUCCAGAAAAGGCAAAAAAUCCAUUUGUAGACAAAGAUUUAACAGAGUUUUCAGAAUUGGAAUAUUCAGAAAUGGGAUCAUCAUUCAGUGGCUCUCCAAAAGCAGAAUCUGCCACAACAGUAGCAGAACCUAGGAAGGACAUAAGUGUGAGGAGUAAAGAUGACGAGGGUGACCUAGUUAGUAAUGUCCUCCGUAACCAACAAGAGUCACCUAUAGCCCUUACCAACUUGACUAAAGAAGAGAACCAAGUUAUGUUUCCAGAAAAAACAAGGGACAGUUUUAAUGAAAAGACAGUUACAACAGGAGCUCCUAUGAGGGAAGAAUAUGCAGACUUCAAACCAUUUGAGCAAGUAUGGGAAGUAAGAGGUAUUAAUAAUAAGCAAGAUAGUGAUGUCUUGGCUACCACAGGUAUUAUAGAGAGCAAGUUGGAUAGUAAAGUGGAUAAGAAAUAUUUUGUGGAUAGCAUUGGUCAGACAAACCCUGAGAAAGAUAGUGAAAGCAGUAAUGAUGAUACUUCCUUUCCCAGUACACCAGAAGCUAUAAAAGAUGGUUCAGGAACAUACAUCACAUGCACUCCCUUUAACCCAACAGCUACUGAAAGCAUUUCAACAAACAUUUUUCCUAUGUUGGAAGACCAUACUUCAGAAAAUAAGACAGAUGAAAAAAAAAUAGAAGAGAAAAAGGCUCAAAUUAUAACAGAGAAGAAUACUGGCACCAAAUCAUCACAUCCUUUCCUUGUAGCAGCACAGGAUUCUGAGACAGAUUAUGUCACGACAGAUAGUUUAUCAAAGGUGACAGGGGAAGUAAUGACAAACAUGCCUGAAGGUCUAACCCCAGAUUUAGUACAGGAAGCAUGUGAAAGUGAACUGAAUGAAGCUACAGGUACGAAGAUUGCGUUUGAAACAAAAAUGGACUUGGUUCAAACAUCAGAAGCUAUGCAGGAGUCACUCUACUCUGUUGCACAGCUUUGCCCAUCAUUUGAAGAAUCCGAAGCUACUCCUUCACCAGUUUUGCCUGACAUUGUUAUGGAAGCGCCAUUAAGUUCUGUAGCUCCUAGUGCUGGUGCUUCUGGAGUGCAGCCCAGUUCAUCCCCAUUAGAUGCUCCUCCUUCAGUUAAUUAUGAAAGCAUAAAACUUGAGCCUGAAAAUCCACCACCUUAUGAAGAAGCCAUGAAUGUGUCACUUAAAAAAGUAUCAGGAACAAAGGAAGAAGUUAAAGAGCCUGCAAGCAUGACUGUAGCUGUUCAAGAAACAGAAGGUCCUUAUAUAUCCAUUGCAUGUGAUUUAAUUAAAGAGACAAAGGUCUCUGCUGAACCAACGCCAGAUUUCUCUAAUUAUUCAGAAAUAGCCAAAGCUGCACAGCCAGAGCUUGAGCAUUCGGACCUAGUUGAAGAUUCCUCACCUGAUUCUGAACCAGUUGACUUAUUUAGUGAUGAUUCAAUACCCGAAGUUCCACAAAAACAAGAUGAAGCUGUGAUACUUACGAAAGAAAAUCUCAUGGAAACUUCAUCUGAGUUCAUGAUAGAACAUGAAAAUAAGGAAAAAGUCAGAGUUUCACCACCACCUAAGGGGGGGAAGCCAUAUUUGGAAUCAUUCCAGCCCAAUUUAGACACCACAAAAGGUACCGUAUCACCUGGUGAAGUUCCAACAUGGACCCAAAAAGAGAAAACGCCUUUGCAGAUGGAGGAGCUCAGUACUGCCCCUUAUUCAAACGAUGGCUUAUUUAUUGCUAAGGAAGCAAAAAUAAGAGAGAGUGAAACGUUUUCAGAUUCUUCUCCCAUUGAGAUUAUAGAUGAGUUCCCUACAUUUGUCAGUUCCAGAACUGAUUCUUCUAAAUCAGCCAGGGAAUACACUGACCUAGAAGUACCCCGCAAAAGUGAAAUUGCUAAUGUUGAGGAUGGAGCUGUGUCGUUGCCUCGCUCAGAAUUACCCCAUGACAUUUUUUUCAAGAAGGUACAACGUAAGGCUGAAGAUAAAGUCCGUGUCCCAGAUGAAGUCUCCGAAGAUAGGUCUGAUAUUUCAAAGGUGCCCUUACUGCCUCCAGAUGUUUCUGCUUUGGCCACUCAAACAGAGAUAGGGAAUAUAGUUAAACCCAAAGUUCUUGUGAAAGAAGCCGAGAAAAAACUUCCUGCUGGUACAGAAAAAGAGAACAGAUCACCAUCUGCUAUAAUUUCAGCAGAGCUGAGUAAAACUUCAGUUGUCGACCUCCUGUACUGGAGAGACAUUAAGAAGACUGGAGUGGUGUUUGGUGCCAGCUUAUUCCUGCUACUUUCAUUGACAGUAUUCAGCAUUGUGAGCGUAACGGCUUACAUUGCCUUGGCCCUGCUCUCUGUGACUAUCAGCUUUAGGAUAUACAAGGGUGUGAUCCAAGCUAUCCAGAAAUCAGAUGAAGGCCACCCAUUCAGGGCAUAUUUGGAAUCUGAUGUCGCCAUAUCCGAGGAGUUGGUGCAGAAAUACAGUAAUUCUGCUCUUGGACAUGUGAACUGCACGAUAAAGGAACUCAGACGCCUCUUCUUAGUUGAUGAUUUAGUUGAUUCUCUGAAGUUUGCAGUGUUGAUGUGGGUAUUUACCUAUGUUGGAGCCUUGUUCAAUGGUCUGACACUACUGAUUUUGGCUCUGAUUUCACUCUUCAGCGUUCCUGUUAUUUAUGAGCGGCAUCAGGCGCAGAUAGAUCAUUAUCUAGCACUUGCAAAUAAGAAUGUCAAAGAUGCUAUGGCUAAAAUCCAAGCAAAAAUCCCUGGAUUGAAACGCAAAGCUGAAUGAAAAAAAGCCUGAAAUGAUUCACAGUAGGAGUUUAUCUUUAAAGGGGAUAUACAUUUGAUUCCAUGGGGGAGGGUCAGGGAAGAAUGGCGCCUUGACAUUGCAGUGUCACAGAUCUUUAUUUUUAGCAAUGCAGUGUCUGAGGAAAAAUCACCUUCUUGGCUGCCGCGUGUUCAUCAUCUUAAGUAUUGUGAGCUGCUAUGUAUGGAUUUAAACCGUGGUCAUACUUGUUUUUCCUAUCCGAGGCACCGGUGAAUGAAAAAGAUCUGAGAAAGCUGUAUAUUAUACUUUGUUGCAGGUAGUCUUGCUGUAUUUGAGGAAUUGCAGAGAACAUGAAGCUGAAAAAAAAAAACCCUUUUCACAGUUUGUGCACUGUGUGUGUAUGGUCUGUGUAGAUUGAUGCAGAUUUUCUGAAACAAAAUGUUUAGACGAGAUCAUACCACUAAUGCAGGAGUGGAAAAGCUUGCCUUUCUGGUAUGUUCUAGGUGUAUUGUGAAUUUUACUGUUAUAUUAAUUGCCAAUAUAAGUAAAUAUAGAUUAUAUAUAUAUAUCUAUAUAUAUAGUGUUUCACAAAGCUUAGACCUUUACCUUCCAGCUUCCCCACAGUGCUUGAUAUUUCAGAGUCAUUGAUCAUACAUGUGUAGUUUCAAAUACAUAAGCAGAAGAAAAUAUAUUUCUAGGCGCACUACCAUCUGUUUUCAACAUGCAAGGAUGCCAUCCAUGCACAUAGAACUCACCAUAUAAACUUCAUCACACAGACUUACCGUAGUUAAUUUUGUCACAAACUCUGAAUCUAUGGACUGAAUCUAAUGCUUCCAAAAAUGUUGUUUGCAAAUAUCAAACAUUGUUGUGCAAGAAAUUAUGAAGAUUUAUACAGUUGUGGUUUAAGCUGUACUGAACUAAAUCGUGGAAUGCCUUGUGAACUGUAAAAGCGAAGUAUCAAUAAAGCUGAUAGACUUAAAA